UCGAGAUAAUACCUUUUUAGCCGCAUUUAUAACUCUAUCCCAAUCUUUAGCAGCGAUGUCUAAAGAUUCUUCAGUUUCUGGCGUAUUUGAAAACUCGUCCAUAAUAGUUGAAAAUUUCGUUGCUUGCAUGAAUCGCGUGAAAAUAUGUACUGAUUUGUAAAUAACUAAAUCAUACGAUGACUUAACCUAUAAACCAUAAGAAGUACAUGUAAUGAGAUAAUCGUGUAGAUUAGUCAAAUUCAAUGGAAUCAGAAGCAAGCACUUCGAAGGAACAAGAUGGAAAUGUUGCAGAUGUUGAUUCGAUGGAGGCGAUUGAACAGAAAAUCAUUGAAUUGGCUCAAACCAGGCCCAAAGGUAUAUCUGACAAAGAUUUGACAGCUGAGAUGCCAGAUCUACAACCUGUUCAAAGAGCACAAAUUAUAAAUAAACUUCUAUCUCAGGGUCAUUUUGAUUUAUUUAAACAAGGAGGAUCUUUAUUGUAUCGUUUAAAAGAUCCUUCUAAAGCAAAAGUAGCUAAAGGAGCAGACAACGAAGAAAAGAUUGUAUAUACUAUAAUAGAAGAAGCAGGAAAUAAAGGAAUUUGGAUUCGAGACAUAAGAUUCAAAUCCAACUUGAUGCCAACACAAUUGAAUAAGAUCCUGAAAAGUUUGGAAACUAAAAAAUUCAUUAAAGCUGUCAAAUCUGUGGCUGCGAGUAAAAAGAAAGUAUAUAUGCUAUACAAUUUGGAACCAGACACGUCUGUUACCGGUGGUGCCUGGUAUCAAGAUCAAGACUUUGAAGCUGAAUUUGUCGAUGUCCUCAAUCAACAAUGUUACAGAUUUUUAGAAAAGAAGAGAGAACAAAUAAGUUCUUGCAGAGGUGGACCAAUUGCAGCCAGAAAUAUUACAUUCGCUUCUUCCAAAGAAGUGUGGAAAUUUAUUUCUGAUCUAGGAAUAAGCAAGGUAAAGUUGUCGGUCGAAGAUUUAGAGAUGAUAUUGAACACAUUGGUUUACGAUGGGAAAGUAGAACGUAUUCUCUCGGAUGACGGAAGUAAUUUAUAUAGAGCAGUAGAACCACUAUUACAUGCACCUGGAUUAAUUAAAUCCACUUGUGGUGUUUGCCCUGUAAGAAAAAAUUGUUGUGACACAGGCGACAUCACACCCACGAAAUGUCAGUAUAUAACAGAAUGGUUGGAAUGAUACUUUUUAAUAAAAAUAUAUUUCGAAUAAGGA